AUGGCUGGCAGAGGAGGAAGAACAGCGCUUUCUUCUUUCCCGUCCUCCUCGUCAUCUGCGGGAUCGACGAGUGAAGGUGAUGAUGAAAUGAAUUUGUUUUUGCAGAGUAAAAACGUCCAGUUACCGACCAGCUGUCCUGGCUGCGGCACCGCCUUGCAACGCGCGGAUAAAAAUUUACCGGGUUUCUACGUCGUACCGAGCAAGUUAUUGGAAGAGGAAACAGAAGGCGAAGACGUGGACGAGGAAGAGUACAUGAGACUGAUGAUGAAAGAGGGGAAGAAGGAGAAGAAGAAGAAGAAAACGCCGGAGGAUUGGAGUCAACUGUCGCCGGACGAACUGGCGAGGCGGAUCAUGGCGGAGAAUAGUAGCGUUCACGAAGGAGGAGGAGAAGAAGAAUCGGAGGACGAUUUUGAUUUCGAGGACGUUACUUUUGUGAAGGACGAUGAAAUUGAAGACGAAGACGAAGACGGUAAAGAAGCCAUCGACGCGUUUGAAUCGUUAUUCUUUGAGAAGGACGAUGGAAAAGAAAUCGACGAAGAUUACGAGUUGGAAAUGGCCGCGCUGAAAAAGAUGAAUCGAUUGAAACGGAAACCGCCGGCGAUUGUCUGCGCGAGGUGCUUUAGCUUGAGGAACACUGGACGGCCGAAAAAUGUAAACGCGGAGAUUUUACUCCCGUCGUUCGAUUUCAAACGAUCGGUUGGGACGCAAAUGGAACGGUAUCCGAAUAAUUCGAAAAAAGGCGUCGUUUUAGUCGUCGUCGAUUUAGUGGAUUUUGAUGGGAGCUUCCCCGUCGACGCGGUGGAUGCGUUAGAACCGCACGCGGAAAGAGGUGCAAUUGAAAUUGUAUUAGUCGCGAAUAAAGUGGAUUUGAUGCCCGCGCAAGCGACGAGAGCGAGAUUGACGCAGUUUGUGAGACGUCGCGCGAAAGCGUUUGGGAUGCAAAGCGCGAGCGAGGUUUUGUUAGCCUCCGCGACGGCUGGAAUGGGCAUAAGAGUUUUGAGCGAUGAGUUGGAAGACAUCUUACGCAAUCGAGGUGGGCACAAAAAGAAAGACGUGUACGUCGUCGGCGCGCAAAACGCAGGCAAAUCGAGUUUGAUUAACCGUUUGUCGAGCAGAUACGACGGACCGACGGACAAAACCGGCGGGCCGUUGGCGUCGCACGUACCCGGGACUACCAUUGGCGUCUUAAAACUCGAAGGCAUUUUACCCAACGAAACUGAUGUUUACGAUACUCCGGGUUUGCUUCAGCCGCACCAACUCUCCGCGCGAAUGACCGCGGACGAAGCGAAAAUAAUCUUACCCAAAAAACGCAUGAUUCCGAGAACGUAUAGAAUUCAGAUCGGAGGUACCAUUCACAUCGGCGGCGUCUCCAGAAUCGAUUUACUCGACGCGCCACAAAGAACUAUUUAUGUAACCGUCUGGUGUUCCAACGACGUGCCUUUGCAUUACACCACGAACGGCGCGAAAAAUGGAGACGAGAUUUACGCGAAACACGCCGGGACGAAACUGACCCCUCCGUUGGGUGGCGAGGAAGGCGCUUUACGCCUCGGUCGGUGGGGAAGCAGAAAAGUUUCCGUCUACGGCGAUUCGUGGUCAGAAUCUACGCGGGACAUUUCCAUCGCUGGCGUUGGAUGGGUAGCCAUCGCGUGCGUCGGAAACGCCGAUUUCAAAGUGUGGACGCACGAAGGCGUGCAAUUAGAAACGCGAGAGGCGCUCGUGCCGGACAUUUCAAAAUCGAUGAUGAAGCCGGGAUUUAGUUUCGAGAACGUGGGCGGGACGAGUAGUAAUCGAAGACCAGACAAAAGAGCGGGGAGAGAGAGAGGAGGUAGCGGUGGUGGUGGUGGUAGUAGCGGCGGCAGAGGAGGAGGAGGAGGAAGAGGGGGACGAGGUAGUGGCGGUAAGAGAAGCGGCGGGGGCGGCAAUAGAUGGACUUAA